CCUUUGUGUUCUCCAAAUCCGGACAUCAUGUGAUCAGUAUCUUAGUCAUGCAGGUUAUAAUGGGAGCUUCGGCAGCAAAAAACAAGGAGGCUGGGACCUACAAAACACCGUCUCUUGAGCUCUAGAGAUUCAUUGUCGCGGGGCUUCUUUCAAUCAUUUUCUGCUUUCUUUUGUUCUUUUAUUUGAUAUUUUAUUCUUUAAUAUCCUAAUUCUACGCUGUCCUUUUGGUUUGGCCGCAAUUGUGCCUCUCAUCCACCCUCCUACGGAUAACAGUCGAUCGUUUGCAAGCGCAUCCACCCCUUGAUAUUUCUUUCCUUUCCACAUUUUCUCAAAUAGCAAUUAAAGAAGAAUGUCCGAACCACGCAUAGAAAUCCCUGCGGAGAGCUUCGACGUAGAUAUGGCUUGUUCUACGGAAACCCCUGUUACGACCGAAGGUGCGGAAGCUGGAGCUGAAGCUGAUACUACUAUGGUGGAAGAAGCAAGUACGCCAGCUCCAGAAAGGAAGGAAUCCGCAUAUAUCGAAUACUUAAAAUCGCCGAUAGUGGAACUAGUUGUCGGUAGAGGCGAGGAUCAAACCACUCUAACAGCCCAUGAGGCCAUACUUACCGCCAGCCCCUUUUUCAGGGACGCAGUCGCCCAGUUCACUGGUGAUGGCCCUCGUCGAAUAAUACUGGAAGACGAGGUUUUAGAUACCAUUGGCUGCUUCCUCCAAUACCAGUACACAGGCGAAUACUUCCCAAGGCGUCUUGCCGCGCCGUCCGACGCACUUGAAAGCGACCCUUCAAUUCCAGCAGUCGACGACACGGGCGACCAGCUGCUAAAGCAUGCGCGCGUAUACACCCUGGCCGAAAAACUCGGCCUACAAACCCUCAAACAAUUAGCACACAGCAAGAUCCAUCGCAUCAGCAGCACUGCGCGUGGAGAAAUCGCAUAUGCGAGAUAUGUCUACGGUAACACGCCGGCGGAAGAUACCGUUAUUCGGAAACCUGUUGCUGCAUUUUGGGCUACAAGGAGCCAUGUCCUGCGCCACGAGGCCGAGCAAGAGUUCAAGGCCAUGUGUUUGGAGUACCCACAGUUUGGUUUCGAUGUGCUCAGUCUUGUGCUUGAUCAAAAGGAGAAGCGAAGUCACGAUCGGGACACUGAGACUCCAGUCAAAGGCAGCGCGCGAAAGAGGGCGCGGCAGCUCUAAACCUAACUACCCCCGUAUUUUUUGUGCCUUGUAAAAGAUCAGGGAUGUUCCUCUUUUUUCCUUUUUCUUUAUUUUUCGUCUCUCUUUUUUAUUCGCUUCAAGUAUACACCUGUACACGUGCCUACGCUAAAAACCCACCACAUCCGUGGGGGGGCACCUCACCACAAUAUGAUUAUCACCAUAACGCUAUAUUUCAUCAAAAAUGAAUAUAUUUGUAGCUUUAAUAGCGCGGUAUAUUAGGAUCACCAUCUUUAUCUAUAUAAGAAAAAAAGUCCUCUACAUUUCUCAUACUCAUUAAUUCAAUAUUUAUAACCUCUAGAUCUGUCUGCAUCGCAGAUUGCUUGAGUCUCUGCUAAACUAGUUAGUGAGAUUAUGAAUUUCAUGUUUAAUCUCAUUUAAUCUGAUCUCAUACAUUUCUUGAUGUGAAUUCUGCUGAAACUAGUCAUCAAAAGAACAGACAAAGUAACUAUUAAUUAAAUUUCAAAAUAAG